CAGCCGGCCCGCGGCCGGCAAGAUGUCCGGCAUGGCCAGCAACCAGCCCGCGCCCAGGAAGUCGCUCUCCAUGGGGGCGCUCCGGGCGCAGCAGCAGCGCUCCAGGGUGGCGGACCAGGACCGCACCGACGACGCGGGCGAGACGGAGCCCCUGAUGGCGUCCCAGGACCACGGCGACGACGACCUGCGCGGCGAGGAGAAGAUCCGUGAGGACAACAUCAGCAAGGAGGACAAACCGCGGUACAGGAAGGAGUUCAAGACGGAGUACAAGAAGAAGUUCCGGCCCUUCUCGCAGUACGAGUACGUGGAGGGGCGCUUCAUGAAGCGGCGCGCCGACGACGCCCCGGCCGAGCAGCCCGAGCCGCCGCCGCAGCCGCAGCAGCCCUGGUACGCGGAGGUCAUCGAGCUGCGGAAGAAGGCCGGCGAGUACAAGCACCGCGGCUGGGGCACCGAGCUGGCCCCGGAGCACAUCUCGGAGCUGUACAGCAAGCAGAUCCUGCUGUGGGAGCAGGUGUCCAAGCGGUCGUCGCUGUCGGCGCUGUCGCUGGCCGCCGUGGCCGCGUCGCCGCGCUCCAUCAGCAAGGAGGAGAAGGAGCGCGAGAACUCGCGGCGCACGUCGCCCACCAAGGCCUCCAGCCUGGGCCGCCAGCGGCCGCACACCGCGCAGCCCAAGCUGGCCGGCGUGCACGAGCGAAGCAAGUCGGAGAAGGGCCGGAAGACGGAGAAGACGGACGACAACAAGAAGGAGGCGCUGCCCCGGUCGUCGCGGAAGGAGUUCCCCCUGAGGCAUCACCUGGAGAGGACGACGGGAGCAGAGGACGGCGCGCUCCUCCUGUCCCCGACCAGGGAGAAGCUGGAGCCUGUCCCACGCCGCACAGAGGAGCCCUCCGCCAGCCCCAAGAGAGCCCCCGGCCUCGCACACACAGGCCGGUCGCAGUCGCUGGGGCCGGGCGGCGCGGGCGGCGCGCCGGAGACGCGGUCCCCGAAGAGGUCCCCGAGGCCGGCCACCAGCACGACGGCCGCCUCUGCAGCGCCCGCCGAGCGACGCCCCCGACCAACAACCCUGAACACAACUGCCCCCUCCCGUUCCAAAAGUAGAACCUCCGCCUCCGCCUCGGCCCCCUCGAAAGGCUUUGGCGAGAACAAGGCCCAGCCCGGCCGCGCCGCGUCGGCAGCCUCGUCCAAGAGCUCGGCCGGCACGGCGGACCUCAAGAAAAGACCGGAAAAGGAGGCGCAAAAGACGGCGCAAAGAGGGCCCCCCACGGCCAGGGCUAGGCCAGCCAGCGGGGAGGCGGAGCCCGAGGAGCCCGAAAUGGAGCUUGAGCCUAUCGUCAAGUCGCCGCCCGAGCCGACGAGGGUCAAGUCUCCGGAACAGAUCAUCAUGCGGUCCCCGGAACCCGUCAACUGGACCGUGCCGCUGGACACCGGCAAGACGUUCACCGUCACCCACAACGUCCCCGACGGAGAGCGCGCCCUCGGAACGCCCAGCCCCGCCCCGCCAGCCAAGGCAGAGCCCGCCAAGCCCGCCGCGCCCGCCGCGCCCGCACCAGUUUCACUGACCGAGUCGGAAACCCUGCUCGCCCUAUCACCCUCCCCCGUCCCCACAGACACCCCCAGUCCGAGCCAGACGUGCUCCGAGCUGGGCUCGCGCGUCGCCUCCCCCGCCACCCUGGAGGUCAUGUCCAUCUGCCAGAACAGCGGACCCUCCCCGACGACGUCCCCCGCGGCCUCCCCCGCGGCCUCGCCCGCGGCGGUCCGAGUGACGUCGGUGACGUCGAAAAGUCCCGACCCCGCGGACGGCUUGGCCAGUGGCCUCGUUGAUCUGAACCCCACCAACGGUUGGAACAACGGCCACGUCGAUUUGAACGCCACCAACGUCUGGGGCAACGGCCACGCCGACCUGAGUGCCAGCAACGGCAACGGCCUCAGCAGCUUGACGGAGUCCUCCCCGGACCUGCUCACCCCCAGCGCCUUCACCCCCAGCGCCCCCGAGGAGCCCGUCCACGUCGCCGACCUGCUGGCCUUCGCGGACCCCGGCACGCCGUUGGCGGCCAAAAAGGCCGACGGCCUCCUGGACGGCGCUGAGGCCGUGGCGGCGUUGAAGGCCGCCAACGGAGUCCUCGCCGACGUGAAGGAGACUGUGGUCUCGUCCAGCCCCUCUGAAAACCUCCUAGACACCUCGCUUACUUUUUAACAGCCCUUCUCGCUCGCACAGCCUUCCUUCUGAUCGUCUUUACUAUUGCCUCUCCGCCUCCGCCCCUGCUUCCCCUUCCUCGGCAUCUGCUUUAACGCUUACUCAGCCAAGGCUUCUUACACUGUACUUGGGCCAGUCAGUCCCAUAAGUUGUUAGUGAAUGCCAUAGUCUCUCUCGC